CUUCGUCUCCUCUAUUUUUACUCGGUAAAAAACCAAUUAUCACAACGUUUCUGAUUCACAAUGGGAGAGAAAAAGAACGAAAACAAGAAAGGAGGGGAUGGAGAAAACAAGGAAAAGGGUUCAUCGGCCAUUGUUUUUAAAGUUGAUUGUCUUUGUGACGGUUGCGCUAUCAAAGUCCUCAAAUGCAUUCGUGAAGUUCAAGGGGUGGAGAAGGUUACAAUAGAGAGCGGCUCAAACAAAGUGACGGUAACCGGAGCUGUGGAUCCGACCGCCAUUAAAGAGAAACUCGUGAAGAAAACCAAGAAGAAAGUUGACCUCAUUUCCCCUCAACCGAAGAAAGAUGAAAACAAAGAGGAGAAAAAAGCUGAGAAAGAGAAAAAUCAAGAUUCUGGAAAUGAUAAUGGUAAAAAACCAGAGAAAAAACCCAAAGAGGCCCCAGUAACGACGGCAGAUUUGAAGGUGCAACCGUACUGCCAGUGCUGGGGAUGCACUGUUAAGAUUCGCAAAAUUGUCGCCGAUACUAAAGGCGUGCAUGAGUUGAAAGUAGACAAGGUGAAGGAGCUGGUCACGGUUAAGGGGACUAUGGAUGUUAAGUCCUUGGCUGAGACUUUGAAGGACAAACUGAAGAAGAAUGUUGAGAUCGUGCCACUUAAGAAAGAGAAAGAGAAAGAGAAAGAGAAAGAGAAAGGUGGCAAAAAAGAGGGUGGCGAGGGUGGUGAUGGCGGCAAAGGGAAGAAGAAGAACAAAGAAGGUGGAAAUGGUGGUGCCGGAGAUGGUGUAAAUCAGGCUGCAACUACUGGUGGUGGUGGUGGUAAUGGCAAGAUGGAAGGGGCCAGGAUGGAAUUUAUGGUUCAACCCCAAUUUGGGUACAUGCCUGGUUACCCUGGAUACGGGUACGGGCACCAGCACGGGCAAGGUUACCCCGGUUACCCGGUCUCUGUUCACCCUCCUCACCACCUAUUCAAUGAUGAGAAUCCGAAUGCUUGUUCCACUAUGUGACUGAGGAGGAUAAAUGGUUUAUGGCAAAUGAUAUUAGGUGAAGGUAAAUCAAAGGAAUGUGUAAUUAAGAAAUAGAGAAGAAAGUUUUACUUGGAAAGGUACAUUUUGGGUUAAACUUGUUGCUCCAAUAGCCUGUUUGUUUUUACCUUAUAAAUGUCGAAUCUUAGGGUUUUCAUUUUUAA